UGGAACCACAAAUAUGACUGCUGCGACAGAGUCAGAUGCAGGGCAGUACGUUCUAGACGAGCGUUACUACAACCUUGGCCAAGAGGAGACUGCUUUCUUUAAAGCCCAGACCGGAAUUCACAAUGACGACGAACUCAAAACACAUAUUCUCGCCAUUCAGGAAAAGGCAUGGAAGAUACAUCCAUAUCGCUGCAUACGCCGAUUUGCGUUCACGAGCCUCAAAAUAUCUCGGUUGCCUGCGUAUGAACAAGUCUUGAGACUUGGUCGUGAUCAUCAGGAUGCUAUUCUUCUUGACAUCGGAUGUUGCUUUGGAAAUGAUAUCAGAAAGGCUGUAGCAGAUGGCUUCCCAGUUAGCCGUGCGCUCGCGUCCGACUUGCAUCAGAGUUUUGGGCACUGGGACAUGAUU